AUGCUGCAGCCUGAUGUCGAUCGAGGCCAUGCAGAGCGUGCUGUGGAGCCAGUCACUGGCCAGCGCAAUCUGGAUGAAAUGCGCCGUCUCUUGCAACAGCGGCAAGCUUCACUGCCCCGAGAAAGGGAAGCCCGAGAGUCCCGAGAGCCUGUGGAACUGCCACCGGCAACUGCACCGGAGCUGCAGGAGCAGUUCAUCCGCUUGACGCAGGAGAAGCGAGAGCUGAAGGAUUAUGCAGAGCGUGUGACCCGCGAAUUGCGGCGGUAUCAGCAGAACAGCAAGCGUCCUUUGCCAGAGGCCGGACCUGAGGACGACAUUCCCUUGCCGCCUUGGGUCACGAACAUGCAGAUGAUGUCGCCCCUGCUCUUCGCUUACGAGGAGCGCAUCUCCGAGCUGGAGGCUGUUAUCGAGAGGUCCGUGAGCAUCGCCGAGCAGGCGCAGCUGCUGGCCCAGGAGAACGAUCAGCUGCGUGCUGAGCUGCAAGAGCGCACCGAGCAGCUACGCAAUCUGCAGCUGCUGGGCUACCGUGGCGGCGAGGCUCCUGGAGAAGCCGGACUCGUGGAUGAUCAACACGAGGAGCUCCAGGAGUUAUACCGGCUCAGCGUAGAGCAAAACGAGGCUUUGGCUCAACAGAAUCAGCUUCUGAAGCUGCAGCUUGAACGGAUGCAGCAGACGCUUGCAGCAGGACGGCAGCAAGCCCAGGAGGUUUAUGCGAAGGCUAGCGAGAACACGAAUGCCUUGGCAGAGGAGGUGCAAAGGGGAGAGGCCUUGGCCCAUCAACGGGCUGUCGCAGAGCAGCGCUUGGAAGAGGUGACGGCAGAGCUUGUCGAUCAAGUGAGUCGCCGGGAUGCCCUGGAGGCAGAGAUGGAGUCCUUGAGGCACGAGCUCGAGGUACAGACCCAAACCAAUGAAAUCAAUCAGAAGUCCUUUCAGGAGAGAUGUGCCUUGGCGCUUGACGAGGAGGAGCGGCUAAAAGCCGACCUCGCCCGAACGCAGAAGCGUGAAGGCGAGUAUCGUCGCCAGGCGCUGGAAGCACGGAAUGGCCUGGACGAGAGGGCAGAGGAGCUGCACCUGACACGGAAGGAGCUCGAAGCCACCAAGCAGGAGGCUCAGCAACUCUUGCAGACUGCCGACACCAUGGAUCGGCAGCUGGUUGACAUCCGCCAGGCACAUGAGGACAAGGUCGCGCAGCUCAAGGACCGUGAGGCACGCUUGAUGGAGCUUCAGAUCGAGAAGGACCGGCUCAGAAGCACAGAGGAGGCCAGCAGAAAGCAGGCCGAGCGCUUGGAGGCUCGUUUAAAGGAAGAGCUUAGUGCCCUGAAGCGCGAGAAGGAGCAGGAGCUUCAGGCCUUGAAGAGCUCUCAGCAGAAGACGCUUGAAGACCUGCGGAAGAAGCUUCGGAACAGUGAGCAGACGUGCUCGGAGGCCACAGCAAAGGCCGAGAGACUCGAGAAGCAGCAGGAGUGGCAGGCAUCCGCAUUAGAGAGACAAAGUGCCUGCUACAAGGACGAACACGAGCGCCUGCAGAGUGACUACCAGAACUCCCAGGAAGCACGCCGGAAACUGGAGCAGCAGCUGGCAGAAGCAACUCAGCAACUCGCGAAGUUGAGAGGGAGCCUGGAUGCUUCCACAAAGGAUGCAAAAGAGAACCUUGCAAGGGCUGCCGCGGACCAGGCCAGCCUUCAGUCCCAGCUCCAGGCCGUUGAAGAACGGCUGAGCCAGGUGCAGCAGGAGCUCCAGCUAACUUCGUCUCGAGCGCUCUCUGCAGAGGAAGGCCUUUCGAAAGCCCAGCUUGAACUCCAGGAGGCGCGGCUCAAAGCAAACAACGAGGUGGAGCAAGCAAAGCGCCAGGCGGAGGCCGACUACCGGCGCCUCACGCGCCAAAUGAAAGCCCUGCAGUCCAGAGCCCAAGACGAAGAGCAAAGAGCAUCGCAGCUCCUCCGAGCGCAGGAAGCACUGAGAUUGCAAUGGCAGUCCGAGCUGGGCAUGGAGCGUGAGGAGCUGGAGUCCCAGGUGGAAAGGCUACGACGAGAAAAUGCAGCCAUCCGUGGCAGGGUGAAGCACGGCUUCCAGACGCUCAUCUAUUCGAUGUCAAAGUGCGUCGUGGCUGCUGCUGUGUUGCAGCUCGCUGAGGAAGGGCACCUGACUCUAGAUGAUGAGCUCUCCAAGCACAUCCCGGCCUUCGAGAACCCCAAGGUUCUUGCCGAACGAUCUGACGGCAUGCCAGACUUCGGCAGGCUUGUGCCAAGUCGGCGGCCCAUCACCAUCCGGCACCUGCUGACACAUACCUCUGGGAUCUCCUGCGGUCUGGCCCCAGUGCUCGACGGACCCAGGAUCAGGAGUGCGCGCGAACGAGCUUGGGCCAACAUUUACACGCCCCUUGUAGACCGUGUGGAUCGCAAUGAAUUCAAACGUCUGGCUGAUUGGGUGCAGGAGCUGGCCAACGUCCCGCUGGUCAGUCAUCCAGGCCAGCAUUAUGGCUAUGGCUACAGCUACGAUGUGCUCGGACAUUUGAUUGAGCUGAAAUCCGGCAAGCAGCUGGAGACCUACCUGCGCGACCACAUCUUGGGGCCCUUGGGCAUGAGCGACACCGGCUUCAGCUUGACAAGGGCUUCCAAAGCUCGGAGGCUGAGCGUGCUGUACAGGUACACAAAGUCCUCGCGCUGGGGGGGCACUGGAACAAACUUUCGGCUGGUCCGCGUCGACCCUCCAAAGCGAGGUAUGAAAAGCCGCUGGCUGGGCCGUUGCUGCCUACCCUCAGCUGGUGGAGGUCUCUCCAGCCUGGAAGGGGGCUUGUUAAGCACACUGGACGACUACGCUAAGUUUCUACUGGCAGUCAUCCAUGGCGGGCAGCACCCCAUCUCAGGAGUGACGGGCUCAGCCGAGAUGCCAGACUGA